AACCUUUUCGUUUUUUAUUCUCAGAUUCACACAUAUCACACCUGAAAGAUAAGCCAGAAUCGGAACUGAAUAGACUGUUGAGUAUGGUAGUGGACGUGGAUAACAUGUACACAGCCAUGAGUAGGGAAGAAAAUCCAGAAACUAAGAAGGUGUACCUGUACUUGUUCAGACUACUACGAAAAUGUGUCUUAACCCUAGACACCCCAGUUGUUGAAGGACCCUUGGGACAACCACCAUUCCAAAAGCCUUGUAUCCACAAGGCAGUUACAAAUUUGUUGGUGUAUAAAUAUUCUCAUAUAGGUCAACAAGAAUUGAAAACCAUGUACGAACUUGUGAAAAUUCUAUUUCAUUGUCUGAAUACAUGGGAUUUUCCAUGCCCUAGCAGUCAGAAACAUAUAGUGAGUCAAGAAGAGGCAACAAAGUAUAAAAUAGAAUAUACCAGGUAAAUUUUUAUAUAUCAUAAUUCUG